UUGGUGAACGUUUAGAGUUGCGCUUCUUAGAAAAUAAUUCUUUAAUCGAAUCUAGAAAUUACGAUCUAGAGUUUUAAUAAAUAUUAAAAAUAAAAUUUAUAUAUUUUUGUCUUCAAUUUAUCGCUAAAUUAAAACUAGAAGAAAAUGAGUGAUAAGGGUCAGGAUAAACCCAAAUCUGGAAAGAAGAUAACAAAGGAAAUGAAGUCAAAUGUCAGUGAGAGUUUACCAUCUGCACACCCGCCUGCCAUUGAAAACAGUGAAAAAUCUUUAAAUAAUGCAGAGGGAAUGGAGCCAACAACUGAAGGUCUAACCAGCUCAUGGGAUACUCCAGCUCAACAUAAUGCAAAGGACGUGCAUACUGACAAAGAUGACAUGAUUGAAGAAAACGAGGAAAAUAUUACUAUACCAAUAGAUGACUCUGAAAUAAUAGCAGAUUUAAACCGACUUUGUAUUGGUUUGCAAGCUUAUGACAAUGAUGAAGGUCAGGUGACUUCUUCGCCAAUACAGGAUUGCUUAGCCGAAAUGGAAAAGGAUGUGAAGGAAAUGAAAAGUGAUUUGGACAAAAAUUAUGAAAAGUUGAUGUCUGCUGCACAGAGACUAGAGUCUAUUGAUUUUCAGAGUAUACAACAACGUUUUCUUGAUAAUAUAAAUAUCACUGAACCUUUAUCGAAACCGUCCGUUGAUGAAUUGAAAAAUCUUUUUGAACUCAGCUACGUGAAUAACACUUUGAGUGGUUUAAUUGAUCAGGUAACGAAGGAAGAGUCCUACCAAAAAAAGUUUGAUAUCGAUAUUCCAGGAAUACCUGAACUAGCCGACGUAUGCAAAACUUUGAAUGAAAGUUUCAGUAUGAUUAAAGAUCAGCAUAGGAAGUGUGAUGAAAUAAAAUUUGAAUUGCACGAGGCUACUGAAGAUACUAGGGCGCGCAUUGAGGAAAUCAAGAAGAUACUAAAAACUGAAGCACCAAAAUAAUCCUUAUAUUUUAGCAUUUAAUGUAGGAAAUUCUGCGUUACAAAUAAAAUGUUUUUA